UGCCUUUGCAGCCGUACCAGUGAAGAAAGGAUGCUGUCGGGAGUUUGGGGGCUGAACCAAAUGAUGUUGCAUUGCAGGUACUAAUAUGGUUAAUGCAGGAAACAUGAAUGGCUCUGGGAAUCUGAUGGAUUUUCUGGAUGAACCUUUCCCUGAUGUUGGAACCUAUGAAGACUUUCAUACAAUUGAUUGGUUAAGGGAGAAAUCGCGUGACACAGAUAGACAUAGAAAGAUUACAAACAAAAGCAAGGAGUCGAUAUGGGAGUUCAUCAAAAGUUUACUGGAUGCCUGGUCAGGAUGGGUCGUGAUGCUGCUUAUAGGACUGCUAGCAGGCACAUUAGCUGGAGUUAUAGAUUUAGCUGUGGACUGGAUGACAGAUUUGAAGGAAGGUGUCUGUUUAUCAGCAUUUUGGUAUAGCCAUGAGCAGUGUUGUUGGACAUCUAAUGAGACUACUUUUGAGGAUAGGGACAAAUGUCCUCAGUGGCAAAAAUGGUCUGAACUUCUCGUUAAUCAGUCUGAGGGUGCAAGUGCUUACAUUCUGAAUUAUUUUCUUUACAUUUUGUGGGCAUUGCUGUUUGCUUUCCUGGCUGUCUCUCUUGUCAGAGUAUUUGCUCCCUAUGCCUGUGGCUCUGGAAUUCCAGAGAUAAAGACCAUCUUAAGUGGUUUCAUCAUUAGGGGCUAUCUAGGCAAGUGGACCCUCUUAAUCAAAACAGUGACAUUGGUUCUGGUGGUGUCUUCAGGACUCAGCCUUGGCAAAGAAGGGCCUCUAGUCCAUGUCGCCUGCUGCUGUGGCAACUUCUUCAGCAGCCUCUUCUCAAAGUACAGCAAAAACGAGGGAAAGAGAAGAGAGGUGCUUUCCGCUGCCGCUGCCGCAGGUGUCUCUGUUGCCUUUGGAGCUCCAAUCGGUGGUGUCCUUUUCAGUCUAGAAGAGGUGAGUUAUUAUUUUCCCUUGAAGACUCUCUGGAGAUCCUUUUUUGCUGCCCUUGUUGCAGCCUUUACCCUGAGAUCCAUCAAUCCAUUUGGAAACAGCCGCUUGGUUCUUUUUUACGUGGAGUAUCACACACCUUGGUAUAUGGCUGAACUUUUCCCCUUCAUCCUGCUUGGAGUUUUUGGAGGCUUGUGGGGGACACUUUUUAUCCGAUGCAAUAUUGCAUGGUGCAGGAGACGUAAAACCACUAGACUAGGGAAGUACCCUGUCUUGGAGGUCAUUGCGGUGACAGCUAUAACUGCUAUUAUUGCCUAUCCCAACCCAUACACUCGGAGGAGCACCAGUGAGCUCAUCUCAGAACUGUUCAAUGACUGUGGAGCUCUGGAGUCCUCACAGCUCUGUGACUACAUCAAUGACCCCAAUAUGACUAGACCUGUGGAUGAUAUUCCUGACAGACCAGCUGGUAUAGGAGUAUACAUGGCAAUGUGGCAGCUAGCCCUGGCUCUGGUUUUCAAAAUCAUCAUCACAAUAUUUACUUUUGGCAUGAAGAUCCCUUCAGGCCUCUUUAUACCCAGUAUGGCUGUAGGAGCUAUAGCUGGUAGAAUAGUCGGAAUAGGAGUGGAGCAGUUGGCCUACCAUCACCAUGACUGGAUCAUCUUCAGAAACUGGUGUAGACCAGGAGCUGAUUGUGUUACCCCAGGACUUUAUGCCAUGGUGGGAGCUGCAGCCUGUUUAGGAGGAGUGACCAGAAUGACAGUGUCUCUUGUCGUGAUCAUGUUUGAGUUAACAGGAGGACUAGAGUACAUUGUGCCACUUAUGGCUGCAGCUGUAACUAGCAAGUGGGUGGCUGAUGCCUUUGGUAAAGAAGGGAUCUACGAGGCACACAUCCAUUUGAAUGGCUAUCCCUUUCUGGAUGUGAAAGAUGAAUUUACUCACAGAACUCUGGCUACUGAUGUCAUGAGACCUAGACGCGGAGAGGCCCCUCUCUCUGUCCUGACCCAAGACAGUAUGACAGUGGAAGAUGUAGAGACACUGAUCAAGGAAACUGAUUAUAAUGGUUUUCCAGUAGUGGUUUCUAAAGACUCUGAACGUCUUAUUGGGUUUGCACAGAGACGAGAGUUGAUUCUUGCAAUAAAAAAUGCAAGGCAGCGCCAGGAUGGUGUAGUCAGCAAUUCCAUUGUAUAUUUCACUGAAGAGCCUCCAGAAGUCCCUGCUAACAGCCCUCAUCCACUGAAGCUCCGACGUAUUCUCAAUCUGAGCCCUUUCACAGUCACAGACCACACACCCAUGGAGACAGUGGUAGAUAUUUUCCGAAAACUUGGACUCAGACAGUGUCUUGUCACAAGGAGCGGGAGACUUCUGGGCAUUAUAACCAAAAAGGACGUGUUAAGGCACAUGGCUCAAAUGGCAAAUCAAGAUCCUGAAUCCAUCAUGUUUAACUAGGUUGGUCCCAGAGGACAGGCAAGAAUCUAAACUUUGAAGGGACCUUUUCUGGACUAAUAGAAAGGGAUUUUGUACAGUACUUCAUUUUUUCCCCUGAAAAGCAAAGAUUUACAUAAACAGAAGCAUAUCAAGGACAGAACCAAAGGAAAAUUGUGACAGAAAUGCAAGAGUACAGUGAAGUUGGGCAGAAGAGUUAAGCUGCAGGUGUUAAAUCAUUUCCCUGGAGUGAGACUUGGGCUAUGUACUACUAUUGACAUGGACACUUGGUAAAUUCUCUCCAUCCCCAUGUUCCAUUUGUGGUAGUAUUAAGCAGCAAUUUCCUCCUAAAUCGUCACAUUGUUGCUUUCCUCAUCUCCAUGAUGGGUCAUUGGAAAACUGAUGAGAAAGAAAAACUUCACUAUGCUACAGCCUAAAAUCAAAAUGAUAUUGUUUGGAGAGCAGGAAACUCAUAAAUGGGAUUGAUCCCAACAGAGUUAUAUAUAGGUAUUGAGCAAGUUAAUUAACUGCUUGGCUGGUGCAUGCAGAGAUAUAAUAUAGUUUGUAUAGAUUAAUACUGGAAGCAUGGAGGAUCACCAACUUGAUAAGGAGACAUGGGAAAAUAGGAAGCAUAUUUAUAAAUACAGUUUAAUAGCAAGUAUAAAAUAUUGUGUUAAAAACUACUGGUUACCAGCCAUGUUUUUUCUUAAUUCACACGUAUUUAUUUAUUGGAUUAUGCACAAAGUAUUUUCAAGACGUGUAUGAUUUUAUGAAGAAAUGUGUUGUUUUUGACUAUUUUUGUAGAAGUUAAGAGACAACGUAGAAUCAAAUCUGUGUGUCAGUUAACUUUUAUAUUUCAAAAAGUUGUAUUUUUGCUUUUAGAUGCUCAGUUUCUUUGCAGAUCUCAAGAUCAUUUUUCACAUCAUAAAAUCACCAUGCAAUGAUUUAUGCCAUUUAUUCAUGAUGAACCUUUCUUUUUAGUGGGUCUGCCAUGUAUUAAGAUCUGAAAUACACUAAAUCCUGGAAGUUUAUCAUAUGAUAUCACAGUGACUGUUUACAAGUGACUUGUAAAAGUUGAACCAUGGCCACAUUACUUUGUCAAAAAUGACCUUGAAUAAUUUUGCAAAUUAACUUUGGUCCCUCCUCCUUAAUAACAUGCAUCAAAGUGACUAGUGCUGAUUUCUUCUCUAUGCAAGUGUUACAUUAUAUUUGGUUUCACUUCACAUUAUAAAAUAAUGUGUAAAUCACUUAUCUGUAGAAUGAUGCACCUCAGUAUCAAGUCUUGUUAAUUUCUUAUUCUACUAGUUGAAAAUGGUUUGCACUGGCUUGAAAGUCCUCUGACACUAAUAUGAAAAAUAUGCUAUUUAUGUUAGAGCAAGAGAUAAUCUUUAUAUUGCUUCUACUGGGGAUAAGAAUUAUAUGAGAAAUUAGUGUCUUUGUAGAAAGAUAGAAGUUUUUUAAAUUUAUUUAUCAUAUUCAGUUCUUAUCAUUUGUUUGUAGAAGAAUGUGACACAAAAGGAUGUGCUCAGGUAUAACUCUCAUGUGCUUGCGAUACUAGAGGCACUGGGCAGUAUUAGGCAGCUUUGCAAAGUGCUAAUAUAGAACACUUGGAUUUAAGUGUAGCUCCGCUAAAACCGAUGCAUAUGCCAGUUUAAAAGGUUUGUGGAUUAACUUGCUCACAGAUGUAUUAACAUGAUAUCUGCUGCCUUUGUGGAUGAGCUGUGUACAGUGCCAAAUGAUUAUCCAACAGCGACAUGACCUCCAUGCAUGGUAAUCAUGAAGAUCAUCUUCAGGAAACAUAAGGCCUAAGUAUUCAGCCAAUAGUUCUCUUUGGUAAUUUUUAGAUAUGGACAAAUAUAUUUUUCAGGACUGAAUGGCUGUUCCUUACCAUUCUAGACACACCCGCUAUGAAUUUCCAUUCCCCCUGCCCCAAGACACAAGUUUCCUCACUACUUCAGGUAACAUAGUUACCAUCAGUGUUGUGUCUUCCUAAUUUACAAUACUACAACUCAAUAGAAGUUAUCUAUAAUGGCAGUACCCCUGACCCCUACCCAAAUGAUCAAAAUUCAGCAAACCUUCUAAAAGACACACAGGGGAUAAACAGUUCUGUGAAAGUAGUGGAAAGUAGUGGCUUGCCUGACCAUGCCACAAUGCAUCCAUUCUUAUAACACGUUAUAAUGCUAUUUUAUUCUUAUAAAGCUAUUUUAAAUUCUUUCUCUAUCUUAUACCAUUUUUGCCUCUCCAAGUAAAAUUUUCUGAAAGCCAGACGGAUCACUCUGUAUAGCAUGUAGGACUGAGUAUGGAAAAAUUAAAUAAUAACAUAUGGCAUAACAGCCCCAGACAUUAAGUACAGGAAGAGGAAAUCUGAAGCUGAGAUUAAUCUGAUAAAUGCUCAGUUUCAAAAUGUCGCUUGUGAGAGUGAGGUAUGAUAUAAUAAUCAAAGGGGUGUUGAUCUGUGGGUUCCUUUAAAAAGUCUUCAUUUUCUAACCCAUCAUUAUAUUACAAAAAGGCAAACUAUCAGUUCUUUAUCUACAUAGAUUUAUACUGUUCUCAUCAACAUAAAAGAACUCUUGGAGUAGCCAUGAAAAAAGCCUUAGAAAUUUGGGGCUUCAUGUGUUAUAAUGCUUUAAUAACAUCCUCAAAGUUGAGACAAAAUAAUUUGGUUGUAUGUUGGGAAAUGAUCACAAAAGAAUUAUCAUCAUAUUUUCAAGUUGCUCCUCAAGGUGGGCCGCCCAGCUUGAUUAAAUUCUCAUUUCUGAAUGCCAUGGUGGCAAGUGGCUCUCAUGUCAGUGUGGCAGUGAAUCUUGUCUUCAGUUUUUCAGUCUAGCUAUUAGAUAAUCUAUCCCAGAUUUUAGCUCCAGUAUAGCCAAAAUUUAUCCCCAACGUAUGUUCAGCACUAGGGACACAUCAAGUGACAUUCAGGAUAAACCUGGGGUGGAUUCACCACUCCAGUGUCACUGCUUAAAUAUAUUUUUCCACUUGUAAAACUAGGAUAGGGAGGGUGCAACUUGGAGAAGAAGCUCCCAACCUUUGUUUUUCACCCUCCCCCAAGCCCC